CGGCUUAUAGUUUCCGGUAGUAUGGCGACUGCAUCCCUCAAUGCACACACUGCUACUUAGUUUCUCCGAGGAGGUGCUGAGAGCCACUGUGGUUCCUUCCAUGUGGCUUGAGGGACUAUGCUUCUGAUGGUAGCUCUGUGCCUGAUCUGUACUUAUAAAACCAUCUCCGCCACAGACGGUGGCCGGGACACCAGCCACAAACCACAGCUGGACUACAGCAGUCUGGGUCUGCCCCGGCAGCAUAUACCAUACUUUCUGAACAACAACAAACGUGUGGCCAAGCUUUGCAAAGAGGAUCCGCUUUGCCAUUUUAAAGAUGCUCUGUUGCACAGGAAGGCCUGCUGGGGUUAUGAAAAGAACUGCUUACCAGAACACCGCUUCAGUUAUCCUGUAUGUACCAGCCUCGAUUCUGGAUGGGCGAGCUCUAUUGAAGCUGCGCAGGAAUUAUUCUGGAAGCAAGCAGAUUUUGGCUAUGUGAAGGAGAGACUCAAUGAGAUGAAGACAUUGUGCAAACCUUUGACUCCUGGAGAUUCUUCUUUAAAGUGCUCAAGUCACAUGCAGUUCUGCAGGGCCACAAACUUGUACCUUGAUCUGCGGAGUCCCCGCAGAAGUCAUGAAAGGUAUAAAGAGGACUUCCUGGAAAUGGGCGAGACUGGUGGUCACUGCAGACUUAAUAGAAAAGCACUGGCCUCAGAAGGGACACACAAAAGUCCUCUUCAGUCCUGGUUUGCAGAAUUGCAAACAUACUCGGAGCUUGAUUUCCUCCCCGUAGAUGACGGGCAUUGUGAUGUCAUCAUCGAUAGACCAACCGUAUUUAUGAAGCUGGAUGCAGGUGUAAACAUGUACCAUCAUUUCUGUGACUUUGUUAACCUCUACAUCUCUCAACACCUCAACAAUUCUUUCAGCCGUGACAUAAACAUUGUCAUGUGGGACACAAGUGUGUAUGGAUAUGGCGACCUGUUCAGUGAGACCUGGCAGGCUUUUUCAGACCAUGACAUCAUUCACCUCAAAAACUUUGACUCCAAAAGGGUGUGUUUAAAAGAUGCGUUUUUCUCUCUCCUUCCGAGAAUGCGCUACGGUCUGUUCUACAACACCCCUCUUAUCUCUGACUGUCACAGUGAAGGGAUGUUCCGGGCAUUUUCCCAGCAUGUGCUUUAUCGACUCGGUGUCCCACAAGAAGGGCCGAAGGAAGGCCAAAUCCGUGUCACACUGUUGGCAAGGAGCACUGAGUAUCGUAGGAUAAUAAACCAGCAGGAGUUUAUAAAUGCUCUGAAGACUGUGCCUUCUUUUGAGGUCAGAGUCGUGGAUUAUAAAUACAAAGAGAUGCCGUUCCUGGAGCAGAUCCACAUCACACAUAACUCUGAUGUCUUCAUUGGGAUGCACGGAGCUGGACUGACUCACCUUAUCUUCCUUCCCGACUGGGCCGUCAUAUUUGAAUUGUACAACUGUCAAGAUGAGAGCUGCUACCGCGAUCUGGCCCGACUGAGAGGGGUCCAUUACAUGACUUGGCAAAAAAGGAACAAAGUGUUCCCUCAGGAUAAGGGUCAUCACCCAACUCUUGGGGAACAUCCUAAGUUUACAAACUACUCUUUUGACAUAGACGAGUUUAUGCGGUUAGUCCUGUUAGCGGCUGAACAUGUAACCCGGCACCCGAAGUGGCGUGCGAAACAAGCUCGGGAUGAACUGUAGUUACACUCCCUAAUGCUGUAACCAUUACCUACAAAGACAAAUGUCUCAAAUGUGAAAGCACAAACAACAUUAACAAAAAAGAUGUUUCAUUUAUUUAUCAUGUCCUGUUUCUGAUUUUCUGUUCAAUUGUAGGCUCUUGCAGGUAGGCUGGUGUGAUUUGUUAUUUUCAGAUGUUUAGCUUCCCUAAGUAUGUGUGGAUAUAUAUUUUUUUAGCAGACGUUACGCUUUUAGAUCUAAGUGUGGAUUUGUAACUUAUUUUGGAAUAGCUUAAGAUUUGAAAUUCAUUUAUUUAUGUCUACACAAUCAUUCAAGUUCACAUUCUUGACGGGAAUCUUUGCGUGAAUGUGAAAGUAAUCUGAUGUCAGGCUUGGGUUUGCACUUCCUGUAUUCUUCCACAUACGUUUGUGUCACACUGCCUAAAAAUAAUCGAAGACUUUUUGUGUCAUUGUUAUAUUGUGAGUAUUUUUAUUUAGCUUUUUAAUGUAUUAAUUCUGAGUAUAUGACCUCCGGUCCGUAUUUAUUACAUAGUUAAUGUUUUAUCUGUAGCAAGUGAAUGUCAUUUUUAGCUCUUGUAAUAUUAGCACUGUUAAGGGAUUUAUCAUUUCAGUACUAUUGGUAAAGCCAUUUGAACUUUUGGUGCAGUAUUGUUUUUAAGUAUUUUUAUCAGUAUUUUAGGCUCUCCAAAAAGUUACAUGAAAUGACCAUAUUUGCAACAUUGUCUUAUUAUAUUGAAUUUAUUUAGGAUUUUUCAAUUCCAAUAUGUCAAAGUAUUUAAAAACUCAUAUAAUGAGUUUUUUAACAAUGUUAUUUAAUAAAGACGCACUGUUUUUGUAUGUGAAUAUGUUUGUAUUUUUAAAAGUUGAUAUCAAACUGUUUGAAACAUAUCUUCUGUUGUCUGUUAUUGCACCAUUCAGACUUGCAAAAAUGACAAAUGAAUGACAUUUAUUUGGGUUGUAA